GUGAUCACUCGCCCACAAUAUUCAAUUGCAUCACUGAAGAGGAAAAAUAUUCAGACUAAUAUUCCGGCAUUGUCCUUGUUUACCAGCAUGCCGCUUCUUGUUGACUCAUUUAACACAGCUUGGUUGGUAUUUCCGAGUUAAUCUCUUUUUUUUUUGUUCUAAUUGAAUAUACCUUCUGCAUAGGUCUGAUUAAUUGCUAACUUUUUAAGUUGCUAACUCUGCUGACUCGUGACGUCAACGAAAGUGACGAUAACAUUGAAAUGUCAAUACACAACUUUCAACAUACUGUGUUGACAUUUUUAAUACACUACAUUGAUGAGUUAGCAGAGUUAGCAACUUAAAAGGUUAGCAAUAUAAUGCCCAAUAGUUAGUUUGUUUAAUAAUUCCAUAUUGAAAUGGCAAAUAUAACUCAUUUUGGGGCUACCAUAGUAGACUCAUUUUCAAACAUCUCUAGCAGGUAAAAUGUCCCUACUAGACAUUUUUACAUUGUUAAGUUAUGUUGUUGGUGUAUAUAUCAUGCAAACAGAAUCAUAAAUAUUUAAACCAUGUUCAUUUUUUCUAUGUAAUGGACCACAUUUAACCUUAAUUAUACAUUUCACCCUAAUUCUACCAUGAAAGUACAUAUAUAUUCGAAGUCUGUGUGUAGGUAUGGAGGGUGAUAGGCAUUUCAGCCAUCCUCAUCCAUUGACUAACUUCCAAGAUGAUAAGGAGACGGAUGAGAGUGAUAAUUAUCAUUCUUGCAAAAUUUGCGGAUUGCCAAUUCUAUCCGCUCCCUCCUACACUUGCACCAUUGUUUCUUGUCAUUCUUUUCUGCAUGAAUCAUGUGCCCAAAAAUUCAGCCACACAUACACCCAUCCCAAUCAUACUACACCAUUGGAUGAUUCUACUAAGCACAUGCUUUGUCUCCGAGCAGGAAUUAGUCACCAUUUCACUUACAAAUGUGAGGGGAUUGCGAUUUCGAUAUGCAUCCUUUGGCUGCAGCUGCAAUGCUUGGUGCAGAGAUCAAAACCAAACACAAGAGCCAUCCACCUCACCUCACACAAGAGCUUGCGAUUUUGUCUUUGUGUGAUGCCUGUGGGGAGAAACAUGAAGGUUUCUUCUUCUGGUGCCAACACUGUUAUUUCUGGAUUCAUCAAGACUGCACCAUACUGCCUACUGCUCUCACGCUCCCCUCUCGUCCUCUGCCUCUGCUUCUCGUAUAUUCUAUUCCUGGCCAAUUACCGAUAUGAACAAUGCAUAAUUUGCAACAAAGCCCUGCUUAUUACCAGUAAUGCAAUCUAUCUCUGUCCCCAAACCUUCAUAUUUGUUCAUGUUAGAUGCGGACUCGGGAAAAUUCAAUCCAGUAAGAACAAGGCUAGAGUUGAUCCAACUACCAGAUGACGAGUUGAACACAUUUCCAAGUUUGGAGAUCCGUACAUACUCGCAGAGAAACCAAGCUCAUAGUAUUGGUGAUGAAGACAACGAAGCUUGCAAUUGAGAUUUUUCUGAUAUUUGUGAUAAAUGACCCAAUGAAAUUUGAGAAAAAGCCCCCAGCUUCUGAUAUUUAUAAGAACGACCCCAAUCCUACAAAAAAUAAGUUUUUACCCCUAGUGAAUAUUGCCACAACAUGUUUAGCCCAAUCUAGGGAGGGGGUGAAAGAAAAUGGUUGGAUUUUUUUAUUGUAUGCUACUGACACCAUGACAUAUGAUAAAAAUGAUUUUGUAAAUUUUAAUAAAGUCACUAAAGCCUAUGUUUGAUCUGCGCUUGGGGGAAUUACUGUAGUUGAAGAGGCUGAUACUAUUGAAAUAUCCCCAACUCUGCUU